CGGCGGUUGCCGGGGGAGCGGUAACCAAGGCCGCAGUGGAAGCCUGAAGCGGAGCUGGGGACGUUUGGAAGAGCCGUUUAUUGCUAAAUUGCGAUCACAAUUUUUCAAUGUCGGGUUUGCAUUGAUCAAGUUAAGCGUAUAGCGAGCCGGGAAUCUGCUACCAGUGGCAGGCAUGGUGAAACUGCGGGCCAAAUGCCUCCUGGCCGGUGACUCCACUGUUGGGAAAAGUGCUUUGGUGCAAGUAUUCCGUAGUGAAAGUGCUCAUUUUCUGAAAAAUUAUACCUUGACAACUGGAGUGGAUAUCUUUGUAAAUCCAGUCCUCAUACCAGACACAUCGGACAGUGUGGAGCUUUUCCUAUUUGAUUCUUCGGGAAAAGAAAUCUUCUAUGACACGGUGGAAAGUCAAUGGGAGCUCGCCGGCGCUAUCUGCCUUGUGUACGACAUCACCAACGCCACAUCCUUCAGCAGCUGCACAAAGUGGCUGGAAAGAGCCCAGGCUCAGGCUCCCAACGGCCAGUUGCCAGGAGUUCUUGUUGGCAACAAAAUGGAUCUAGCAAGCAGGCGCAUUGUGGAGUACAAACAGGCAGAGGACUGGGCAGCCAGCCAGGGCAUGGAAUACUUUGAAACCUCAGCUAAAGAGAUGGAGAAUUGCGACAGUCCGUUCCUGAGCCUGGCCAAAGCAUUUCACCGUAUGUACGAGGAGAAGCUGGAACACAUCCAGUGCGUUGUGUGAGACCAGCCCCUUGCGGACGUUUGACCGUCAUUUCCUCUUCCUGCCCAGUGGAGUGACUACAUUGUAAUCAGACGCCUCUUCAAGAACUCGCCCUAUCUGGCAUACCAGAUCCACCAGAGCCUAGAGCAGUAAAUCCUCGUUGUAACAGACCCCUUUAUAACGGAUGUUGGAUAUAGCGGACAUACCUGCUGAUGCCAGACCCAGUAUUAACCAUCAUCUACAGUUCUUUAUUUCAACUACAUACAAUGAUAACUUUGAAGAAGGGUCUCGACCCAAAAUGUCACCCAUUUAUUCUAUCCAGAGGUGAUGCCAGUCCCGCUGAGUUCCUUCAGAUUUUUGUGUCUAUCUUUUGUUUUAACCAGCAUCUGCAGUUCCUUCCUACACAUGAUCAGUGGCGGACUGGCCAGGGUGUCAGCUUGCCCGAUGGCAAGUGGGCCCCCUAUAUCAAGUGGGCCCCUGAUGAAGUGGGCCCCCUUUGUCUCCUGGCAACCAAUAUUUUUAGACCCAGUCCGCCACUGCACAUGAUAAUACCUCAGUUAUAACAGACAAUCAGCAAUAACGUACUCCUUCCCUCCCCUCCUAUGGUCUGUUAUAACGGUGGUUUACUGGACUCUGCUUUGACCCUCGCUCACCUAUUUUAUUGCUUUGUACCCUCGUAUCAAUGUAAACUCCAUUUCUCUGUAUUUAUCUUUCCCUUUCUACUCACAUCUCUCUCUCUCGCAAAUACCUGCAUGCUAUAAAUCAACCAGGUGAUGUCUGAAAGUGCCACUGUGACAGGACCAGUUGCAAGCUCCUGUGUUAAAAGCGUCAGGGAGAGACCACUGAAAACUGCUUCAGUUCAAACGGUGAAGGGGAGAUUGGGAAUUUCUGUAACGCAGUUCGAUUUAAGCGCCCAUUUGUUCUCCCUGCAUUCCAUGGCUAAUGCAGACAGGCUGGUUAGCAGACAGUGAAGUCUGUUUUCCAUUACUUUGAGGUUUGAGUGGAAGUAUUUUAUUAUGUGAACCCAUGUUACUGGUUUAAACCCCGUGGUCCAGUUUUGUGCAGAAAUGUAAAGGGCUUGUAAUAAUAAUAAUAAUAAUAAAUUUUAUUUAUGGGCGCCUUUCAAGAGUCUCAAGGACACCGUACAAAAAUUUAGCAAGUAGAGGAAAAACAUGUAAGCGGAAUGAAAUAAAUAGUAGAGACAUGACUAGUACACAAAUUAAAGACAGAAUUCAAUUCAAAACACAAUAUGAGGCAAUUCAAGCACAGAUGAAAAGGGAAGGGGGACGUGGGGCUAAGGAUAGGCAGAGGUGAAGAGAUGGGUCUUGAGGCGGGACUGGAAGAUGGUGAGGGACACGGAAUUGCGGAUCAGUUGGGGGAGGGAGUUCCAGAGCCUGGGAGCUGCCCUGGAGAAGGCUCUGUCCCCAAAACUGCGGAGGUUGGAUUUGUACCACUUUCACAACCUAAUUCACAACCUUUAUUACUCGUGGACAUUUUUCAUCAUGUUGAAAAAACGCCCCGACCUACAUGAUGCCAGGAGUACCUCCGACUAGCAUCACGAACUACCUAGGACCUCCUACGACCUUGUGACGACCAUGCUGCGAGUAUGAGUCAAGGGCAAACUCAGCAGGCGUCGUGAAUUAGGUCGUGAAAGUGGAACAGGCCCUUUACUUUAGUAAGGCAUUUUAUUAAACAAAAUAUUGGCAUUGUAACAUUUAACGGGCUGCGAUUCUUUUUACUUUAGUCUUGAAAUUAUUUCCUCUUUGGGACAAGAGUGAGCUUGCAUUUAAUCAGCACCUUUUCCAAUCGGAGGACAUCCUGAUCUGCAGCCUGUGAAGGCUACACAUUUGUCUCGACAAUUCUCCACAUUUACAGCCUGUUUAGUGUAGGUUGUGGGAUAUAUCUUGAUCAGGACCUAGGGGAAAAUUUAUCAGCCUUUCUUCAGAAUAGUGUGUUAGAGUCAUAUAGUGAUACAGUGUGGAAACAGGCCCUUCGGCCCAACUUGCCCACACCGGCCAACAUGUCCCAGCUACACUAGUCCCAGCUACCCGCAUUUGGUGCAAAACCCUCCAAACCUGUCUUAUCCAUGUACCUGUCUAACUUAAAUGUUGGGAUAGUCCCUGCCUCAACUACCUCCUCUGGCAGCUUGCUCCAUACAUCCACCACCUUUUGUGUGAAAAAGUUACCCUUCAGAUUCCUAUUCAAUCUUUUCCCCUUCACCUUAAACCUAUGUCCUCUGGUCCUAGAUUCACCUACUCUGGGCAAGAGACUCUGUGUAUCUGUGGAAUUCAUUGUUGUGGAAUGUUUUACUACUGCAGUAUUUUGUUAUCAGAUUUUUCAUAUUCUCAGGUCUGGAACAUAAGAUAUUAGAGAUAUCUAAUAUUUCUCUUUCCACCGAUGCAGCCUGAUCUGCUGGGUGUUUCCAGCAGUUUUUAUUUUUAUUUUUUAUUUCCUUACAACAUAAAAGUUGGCCUCAGGGGCCAUUAAAUCUA